AUGACAUCUCCAUACGCUGUUCCAUGUCGUUUUUGUCUUCAGCGUCGUGACUUUGAGAGUGGCAAGCGCUUUUCGAAUAUUAGUGGGCACAAAUAUUGGCUCUAUGGCGUGACACUGAAAGACAAUAGAGAAGCCGAGUUAUCAUAUGGUUAUUUACUUCACUUAAUAGUCCUCUAUGCGACAUCUUUGAACCUCAAAACAGUGUGGUUGAUUGGCCCAUUUUACUCGAAUUAUUUUAAUACACUUUUAUUUGACGAGGAGAAGGAAUGUAUCCCAUGCGUCUCCCCUGUUGGUCUUGCAGAUGAAAGUGGCGCGGUGCAGAGAAAAAGACGCAGAAAAGAGCUGAACGAACUUUUCUUUGUCAAUAAUUUGAAGACGCCAAUUGACGAAAAAAAUGCGCCAAAAAUUUUCGAACGAAAAAUUUUGGAAGAAAUCAAAUUUGGACCGUCCGCUAAAAAUUAUCAGGAAUGGAGAUUUGUGUUGUGUGAGAGCGAAAUACAUCUGUUCGGCGUGAUGGGUAAAUUCACUGUAAUUGACAUGGGAAUAUGUACCGCACAAGUCCAUGUCGCGUUGUGUGGAAAUGGCGUUAACGGUCAUUUUGAGAAGAGAAAAAUAUCAUUUGAAAUACCAAAGGGGUGCGAGUACUUCAUAACUUUCGUUAUUGAUUAA